AUGUAUGGCUGCCUGUCUGUUGGACUGAAAAGUUCAGACUUUCAACUGAACAUACUGAGGUUGGUCACCUGUAAUAUCACUGGUCAGUGUUGUGAAAGUUUGUCUUCAGCUCUACAGUCAUCAUACUCCUGUCUGAGAGAGCUUGACCUGAGUAACAAUGAUCUGCAGGAUUCAGGAGUGAAGCUACUUUCAACAAGUCUGAAAAGUUCACAAUGUCAACUGAACAUACUGAGAUUGUCUGGCUGUAUCGUCACAGAGGAAGGCUGUGGUUAUUUGUCUUCAGCUCUAAGUUCAAACCCCUCACACCUGAGAGAGCUGGAUCUGAGCUACAAUCACCCAGGGGAAUUAGGAGUGAAACUGCUCUCUGAAAAACUGGAAGAUCCAAACUGCUCACUGGACAAACUUAAUGUAAAUCAUGGAGGAGAGUUGAGGAUUACAGCAGGACUACACAAAUAUGCCUGUGAUCUCACACUGGAUCCAAACACAGCACACAAUCAUCUCAUUCUGUCUGAGAAUAGAAGAAAAGUGACACAUGUGGAAGAGUAUCAGUCAUAUCCUGAUCAUCCAGACAGAUUUGAUGGGUGUCCUCAGGUUCUGUGUAGGGAGAGUCUGUCUGGACGCUGUUACUGGGAAGUUGAAUGGAGUGGAAAUGCUAUUAUAUCAGUGACAUAUAAAGGAAUCAGAAGGAAAGGAGGUAGUUGUUCCUGUGAGUUUGGAUACAAUAAAAACUCCUGGAGUUUGAUAUGUAUUAAUAAUAGAUUUACUGUCUGGCACAAUCUUAGUUCAACUGACAUACGUUUCCCUUCACACUCCUCUAAGAGAGUAGGAAUGUAUGUGGAUGUGUCGGCUGGCACUCUGUCCCUCUACAAUGUCUCAGACUCACACACACUCACACACUUACACACAUUCACCACCACAUUCACUGAACCUCUCUAUGCUGGAUUUACAGUUUUUGAAUCAUUGUCUCUAUCAGGUUGAAAAAUCAGUAAGCAAAAAAAGAGACAACUUACCUUUGGUUUGACUGUUAAUUAUGAGGAUUAUAUAAGGAGUUUUAUAUAAGGAGUUACUUUUGUUCUUGUUAAAUUGUUCUUCUUUUUUAUUACGAAUGUAUGUAAUUUUGUGGUCUGUAAAAAAGUUGUGACAGGACACACACACACACACACAUGUGCAUAUACAAUACAGUGAAUGUUUAGACCUAUUUGUAAGUAAGACAAAUUAUUUUUAUUUCAAAUAUUUUUUUGAGCUAUAUUAAUGCUUGCUUGGAGGUCAUGGGGUCAUAUUUAUUGUAAAUUAUGAUGUCUGUUUAACUGAAUACAUGAUGUUAAGUAACCACAUAACGUGUAUUAGAUUAUAGCUGUGUAUUACUGCCUUAUGGACAUUACCUGGACACACCCAUCUCUGGCUUAUAAAAGAAUACUUCCUAAAUUUGUAGCACUGAAACAAGUAUUUUCUCUAGAUGUGCUUUGAAAACAUAUGUAUUGUGAAAAUCUCUGUACAAAUAAUCUUGAAUUUGUUGCAAGAUGGUAAUAGAUGAUAAAUAAACAAUACAGUAAGACAGCA